ACCCCAGUUUGUGUUGAUAUUAUUGACAAUUUGUCAUUGUCAAAGUUUAGUGUACUCUAGCGUCGAUUGUGUCGAAUUCUUACAAUAUUUUCCGGCAUUUCUUUGAAUAAUGCUAAGCAUAACGUGUAAUUAAAUAGGUGUGAGGUUUUAUAGUGACCGACGCGUCAGGCCGCUGAGGAAGAUAUCUUCUUUACGCCAAGAUGUCUAAAUGGCAGUCGGAGCGCAGCAUCCACGAGAUGUUGAAGGACACUCCGCCGCUGCGCGAGUCCAGCGACUCCAUCACAUCGGGCACCGAGGCCAAGUUCCCCACGUCGCGGUCCAUGCCUUUCCCGCCAGCCUACGCUCCCCCAGAUGUAUCACAGAAUGGAACAGGCUCGGGCACAUUGCUGCGCUCGGGGUCAAGCAAGCUGGACGCUAUCCGCAACUGGGGUGUCUCCACAUACAAGUGCACCAAGCAGAUACUGUAUGAAAAGCUCGGCAAGAGCUCACGCACUGUUGACACUGAGCUGGAGGCGCAGAUCGAGAUGCUGCGCGAGACGCAGCGCAAGUACGCGGGCGUGCUGCGGCUGUCGGGCGCGCUGACGGCGCAGCUCGGCGCCGCGGCCGCCACGCAGCGCGCGCUGGGCGAGGCCUUCGCCGACCUCGCGCAGAAGUCGCCCGAGCUGCAGAACCAGUUCCUGUACAACGCGGACACGCAGCGCACGCUGACGCGGAACGGCGAGACGCUGCUGGCGGCGCUGCACUUCUUCAACAACUCGCUCAACACGCUCACCAACAAGACCAUCGAGGACACGCUGCUCACCAUCCGCCAGUACGAGGCCGCCAGGGUGGAGUACGACGCGUACCGCAGCGAGCUGGAGGCGAGCGGCGGCAACCCGCCCGAGCUGCUGCUCGCCAGCAUCGCGCGCCGCCGCCGCUCCUACGAGCGUCUGCGCGACGACUCCGCCGUCAAGCUCAAGCUGCUGCACGAGAACAGGGUGAAGGUGAUGAACAAGCAGCUGCUGCUGUUCCACAACGCGGUGUCGGCGUACUUCAGCGGCAACAACGUGGCGCUGGAGGCCGCCGUGCGGCACUUCAACGUGCUGCCCCCCGCCGCCCCCGCGCCCGCCCCCGCCGCCGCCCCCACCGCCCCCGCCGCCCACGCGCCGCCCGCCACCGGCUAGCCGCCGCCCUCCGACCGACAGCUUGUCAAAACAUACAUGCCCGUGGGCAUUUUGAAAAACUAGAUUUUCUUGCUUACAACCCAAUGUCAUUCAACUAUUUAAUUGAUUACGAAAAGUAAUGAUGAUUUUACAUUUAUUUUAAUAAGGAUAACGGUGUCAGAUCAUAUUCUGAUAAUUAUACAUAAAAAAGCACUUUAAAUAAUUACCAUGUAUUUUUUGACGAACUGUACAUAUUUUGAUUUCCUGUUUCAAAAUUAAUUUAAUUGAACUUCUAUUGUGUAUCCGUGAUUUAUUGGAACAGAAUAAUGGGUCUCACGCUAAACUGAAAAUAAUGACUAGUAAUUAAAAUACUGUCUCGCAAUAAUGUUGAUAUAACAGUGGUAGUGUGUGUUGGGCCGUACCGGAGGCUCGGAGUGUUCACUCCAACUACACGGUUAGAUUAAGCUUUAUUUUAAUUUUGUAAAUAAUGUAAUGUGACGCUUAUUGACCAAAAUGAAAUCCCGUAUCAAUUGAUAUUUGUGACAGAAAUAUGCCAGAUGUUAUCACUAGACAUCUACUAAAUAUAUGCACUAUCAAAAUACUAUUUACUACUUGAACGAAAUAUUUUGGCAUUCACUAAUUUCUGAAGUUUUUUAAUAAGGUCGAAAAAUACUACAUCUUUUCAACACGCUUUAUGUAACUAUGUAAUUAGGGCUGCCAUUUCGAAUUUCGCCAAACCCGGACAAAUAUUAAAAAAACCCGAACAUUUGGCGUAAAUCGCAUUUUUUCCCCGGACGAGUCCGAUUUUUUUUUAACAAAACAAGACCUAUUUUUAAAUAUUACUAUUACUACUAUUAUAUACUUAAAUCCAAUGAGGUGCUUCCUUACAUGAAAAGUCAGGGCCAUAUCUAGCUCAAGUAGUACCUAGUAUUGAAUGAUUAUGACUUAAUAUUUCGAAGGUCAUAAAUAAGAAUGCUCAUGUGGAAACUAGGAGUUACCUUCUUGUUAGUAAUAGGACUUUAUAACGGCGCUACCUUUUUGAUAGGUUAGACAAAAAUGUUGAAAAAUAAAAACCACCGUAUAGUGAAGUCGCCGCGAACGUAGCGAGCACAAAAAUUUUUGAGUUUUGGGUCACUAAAGCUUGUACAAUAAAAAAAAAUCCGCAAAGUGAAGAAACCGAGAGCGAAGCGAGCGCAACAUUUUUUGAAUAUUGGGAUAUUAAAGUAUCUAAACGUAAAAAAAGAUAGUGUCAAGAGAGGAAAGCCGCGAGCGAAGCGAGCGCGAAAAUUUUUGAGUUUUGGGACACUUCGACUUCUGCAGUCUGUGUGUCUAUUUGUAAUUCAACUCGUAAGAAAAAUGUCCGGGUUUUCCCCGGACACUUCUUGAAACCCCGCCCGGACGUCCCCCGGACGGCCUCCAAACGAGGACAAAUCCGGGGAAACCCGGACGGAUGGCAGCCCUAUAUGUAAUGGAAUCGAAUUUAACCAUCUUCCAAACAUUGUAGCUUCAUAAAUAUUGGCAACAGUAUGUAGGUCUGAUGACAAUACAAUAAUAUGGCACUGUCGAACUGAUCUGAUGAUGGAGCCGGAAGAUAUGAACCGGAACUUCAUGAUAGAACGUCGUAUCAUAGCUGUUCGGACUUCUUAGGAAAGUCUCGUAAUGAUUUUGCACGCAUUUAUAAAAGCGUGUUUUUUUAAACUUUUCAUUUAUUUCCGAUAGCUGAUAAUAUUUCAGUCCAUAUGUUGGCCGGUGCUUGUUAAUAAACACCAGCGAAAUACAACAAGCCAGACUCUUAACUAAAAUAUGCACAAUUCAGAAAUAAAUUGCCAAAAUACAUUAUGUAAUAACACUGUCAUAAUAAAGUUUAUGAAUUUGCUUGUGCAAACAACGCCAAUACAUGUCUACUUUGUUAUCAAGUGGCCACAACGUUCAGUGAAGCCAUGUUAGCGUCAUGAAAUAUACUGAACUCAUCAAAAUAUUUUUAGUUGAUACUAAUUCCGAGCAUACACAAAUAAAAAGUAUAAUGUAUACCCUUUACAUUAGUAGGUAUAGUAUGGCCAUAACCGCUGUGCACUCCCUGAGGUACGCGCGGAGAGGCGGAGGGUGACGCGGUCUGUCAGUCCGCCGUCAACGCUCGUGGCGGCAGGUAGUUUCAUUUGUAUCGGACCGUCAAUGUCAGAUGCACAUGAGAUAAAAAUUCAAAGAUGGGUCGUGCGUUAUCUCGAGAUGUAAAAACCGUGAUUUUUAAAGUGGCUGAAUAUUUCAAGAAAAGAAAAGUAGACUGAGAAAGCUUUCCGAUCAUGAAAUAUCAUGUCCAGAAAAAUGAAAAUCAUUACUGGAAUCGCGAUUUUAGGUUCAAUAAUAUUAUCGAUUCAUUCAUAACAAAUUUGCAUGACUCUGAUUCAAGUUCCAAUGGCGACACGGACGAGAAAGAUGAUGACGAAAUGGAAGAUGAAGUUGAAACAGAAUCUAUGUUGGAAUAACUUAACUUCUUAUACUAUCUACAUAUAUCUAUUUGUUUGUAAUUAUAGUAAAUUUUCAAUAAAAAAAAUCCUGAUUUGAAUUUUAACUUUAGUUCUCAUUCAUCAACUGUCUAGGUAUUUUAAUACAAUAUCGAGCAUAAUAUAGAUUCCGACCACCGUUUCGCCACAAGUCCUGCCUUAGAAAUGAAAACUGAUAUCGUUAGAUUUGUCUGACGUGUAUUGACCUCAUGUGAACUUAUGCUCUUUUUUCCUCGCCUCCCACCUCGCCUUGCAUACCUCAGGGAGUGCACAGCGGUUAUGGCCAUACUAUAGUAAAUAUUUAAUGAAUUUAUUUUUACAGUAUUCCGAUUAUGUUAUAAGUUGUGUUAGCUAAGCUUACAUUAUGUGUGAUUGUUAUCUAUUCAUUCCAAUAUUUAUUGCUUUCUGCUUGCCUAGUUGUUAAAGUUAAUAUAAAAAAAUGACAUUUACUAUUUCCUUGUUUAUUAGGCACAAUGUUAGUCUAAUUUAUUAGCUCAAAAUUGUCCUUCCAAAGUUCCCCGCAGCCUAAAGCUUCUGUGUUCAUAAUAAUUGAACUAAUAGUGCUCCCGUGUUACGGCUAGUAGUUGAAUGCCACAUGCUGCCUGUGUUCCCAGGAUAUUAUGGACCAUUUGUGUACUUUUCAUCAUGUAAAUGAUUACUUUGAAUAACAUUUCAACCGAUGUAUGACAUGUAUAAGUAUGGAUGUCCUGAGAACACAGUAGCACCAUAGUGAAACUUUUGAAACCAAUUUCUUGUAAUUAUGAGUAUUUUACAACAUAUUCUCAAUAAUAAUCUACACACUAUGUUGUAUGUACUUAUAGGAUAUAUUGUAAUAUUGCCACUAUUGGAAUAAGGCCUUUGGUUUCAAUCCUUUUGAUGUAACACAUUGAUGUGGUGUUAACCAACACAAGGUUGGCUAAAUUUGAAGUUUCUCAUAGUUUAAGUAUUAAUUGUGAUCUCAUAACGUUAUCAGCCAGCCGCAGUUGUGUUCAUGCUACCAGUUGAUGUGUAUCCUAACAAGUUAUGACAAUAUUGCACAGAAUUAGGUCCAGUACGACAAGUAUGAGCCUAGGGGCCUAGGACAAGUUCUCACUAGCUAGUCAAGUUGUUCAUUUAGUUGAUUGUACUUCAAUGUGACUUAUUUAUAUUAUUUUAGAGAUCAAAUUAUACACUAUUAUUAUAAAUAUAAGGCAAUGUGUUUAUCAUAUUUUUUAAGGAGUGUAAAUUCAACUAUACCA